AUGGGGGACAACGGGUCCGAAUGGAUGAAAAAAAACGACGAUGAGGAUAUCGUCUAUCAAGAGGUUUUGGCUAAGAGAAGAACAGCUUUGAGGCGCAAGACUAGAGAGCUUCGACUCAGCUCUGGCAGCAGCCAACGGGAGCAUCACCGUGACCCUGAAGUUCUGGUUGCGUUUUUCAUAUUCGACUCCUCUCAUGUUCCUUUCUAUGUUCUUGCCUCACCUUUUCUUUUGUUUGUUCUUUGCAGGAGUCACUCAUUGAGGCUCAUUACGGUUGAGAAGGAAAGAGUACGGCUUUGGAACGAGAGAAUGAUUGGUAAAGAGCUCGACGGUAUGAGUUUCCACGAGCUGAUGGUGUUUAAGAUAGAGAUACAGAAUGGUUUGUUCAAAGUGAUGGAGGAGAAGUUGAGGCCAAGUCAUAGCAACUAG